CGGGCCAUGGCUCUUCCCCUGCGGUCCGUGUGCGGUGCCUGCCGACUGGCCCGCAGAGGGUUCCCCGGGGUGUGGGGGCCUGCCUUGGGGAAGGCCCGGCCGCUGACCGGCGGUGGCCGUAAUGCCAGCACCAGCUCAUUUGAUAUAGUCAUUGUCGGCGGUGGAAUUGUGGGGCUCGCCUCUGCCAGAGCACUCAUCCUGAAACACCCUACACUUUCGAUUGGUGUUGUAGAAAAGGAGAAAGAUUUGGCUGUUCAUCAGACUGGACAUAAUAGUGGUGUCAUCCACAGUGGGAUUUAUUAUAAACCUGAAUCUUUGAAAGCUAAACUAUGUGUACAAGGGGCAGCGCUGAUCUAUGAGUACUGUAACCAAAAAAGAAUUCCCUACAAUCAGUGUGGUAAGCUAAUAGUAGCCGUUGAACAAGAAGAAAUUCCCAGACUUAAGGCUUUAUAUGAAAGAGGCCUACAGAAUGGUGUCCAAGGCUUAAGAUUGAUCCAUCAGGAGGAUAUAAAAAAGAAGGAACCAUAUUGCAGGGGUCUGAUGGCUAUUGAUUGUCCAUAUACUGGCAUUGUAGACUAUCGAAAGGUAGCUCUGUCAUUUGCCCAGGAUUUCCAGGAAGCAGGUGGCUCUAUCUUGACAAAUUUUGAAGUAAACGAUAUUGAAAUGGCUAAAGAAAGCUCUUCAAAGAGUAAAGAUGGGACAAACUAUCCAAUUGUCAUAACUAAUACAAAGGGAGAAGAAAUUCAAUGUCAGUAUGUUGUAACAUGUGCAGGACUUUACUCUGAUCGUAUUUCAGAGUUGAGUGGCUGUAAUCCUGAUCCUCGAAUUGUACCAUUUCGGGGUGAUUACCUGGUCUUGAAGCCAGAAAAAUGUUAUCUUGUCAAAGGAAAUAUUUAUCCGGUCCCAGACAGUCGAUUUCCUUUCCUAGGAGUUCACUUCACACCAAGGAUGGAUGGCAAUAUUUGGUUAGGGCCUAAUGCAGUGCUUGCCUUUAAACGAGAAGGUUAUAGACCCUUUGACUUCAGUACCAGAGAUGUUAUGGAAAUAAUUAUCAAUAGUGGCUUGAUUAAACUGGUGCUCCAGAAUUUCUCCUAUGGAGCUAAUGAAAUGUAUAAAGCCUGUUUUCUUAAUGCAACAGUGAAGCAUCUUCAAAAGUUCAUCCCUGAAAUUACUGUGAGUGAUAUACUUAGAGGUCCAACCGGAGUAAGAGCCCAAGCCUUGGACCAAAAUGGAAAUCUGGUAGAAGAUUUUGUAUUUGAUGCAGGAGUUGGGGAUAUUGGAAAUCACAUUCUUCAUGUGAGAAAUGCUCCUUCCCCUGCUGCCACAUCUUCCUUGGCGAUUUCUGAAAUGAUUGCAGAUGAAGUGCAGCAGAGAUUCAAGUUAUAAAUAAGGGAACUAAGUAUACAUUACAACCACAUCAGCAACAAGAAUGCACUAAUUGCAUUCUUCAUUAUAAUUUAAGAAAGUUAUUUUAAAACCUCAAUUUUAGACCAAAAUGGAUAUUGAAUGAUUAAUAUGAUAUGACAUAGAAAUACUUAAAAAAAAAAAAACAAACCUAGUCCAUCUUCAUUCACUU